AUGCCGUACUAUACACCUCCAUUCAACGUUGGAGCGAAGCUUGCAAGAAGACUGCAGCUGGGUCUUUCGCCUGGUGAUGAGUUCGUAGUUACUUGGGAGCAACACAUCAACCAAACACGAUAUCAUCAACUGCGGCUGAGUUCACUGAAUUGCAGCAAAUGCAUCAUGAACAACAUAAACGAGGUCAGGAAAAGUUACUGGCUGAGACAGGUUGCCACUAAAAUCCAAAAAUAUCAAAAUUGUGAUAUUUCGGAUAACCCAAUUUCCGUUUGCUAUUCUCCAUUUACCCUUGUUUUAUAA